AACAAUGUGACAGUCUGAUCUGUCUCUCAGAUCCUUGAGCGCAACGGUGUUCUCCGAUUUGAGUGUGGUGUUGGAGACGCAGGGGAACCUGUCGGGAUCCUCUCUCUCUGUUGUCUUUUACGCAUGAGCGUCCGUGCGCGCAAUGAAGCCCAGGAGAGCAUGCGCCUCUCCACAUACCUGAUGCUCCAGCAUCGAGAGCACGCGCGCAACUUUACGCGUGAGAAUAUCACCGUGCUUCCGAACCUCGCGCGCGACCCAAUCAUGGGCAAAAUUGUGAACCAAAGCACGGCAAGCAACGACACCGACCCGUUUGGCCGGAACGAAGAGGUGGCCAAAAUCGAGAUCACGGUUUUGAGCAUCACUUUUCUCGUAGCCGUGAUCGGUAACCUGAGCGUGCUGCUGGCCAUGCACAACACCAAGAAGAAGAGUUCGCGCAUGCACCUGUUCAUCAAGCACCUGAGCCUCGCGGACCUGGUGGUGGCUUUCUUUCAGGUACUGCCGCAGCUGUGCUGGGAGAUCACCUUCAGAUUUUACGGACCUGACUUCCUUUGCCGGAUUGUUAAGCAUCUCCAAGUCCUGGGGAUGUUCGCAUCCACCUAUAUGAUGGUGAUGAUGACACUGGACCGCUACAUCGCCAUAUGCCACCCGCUGAAGACACUACAGCAGCCCACGCAGCGCGCGUACAUCAUGAUUGGGUCCACUUGGCUGUGCAGCCUGUUGCUCAGCACCCCUCAAUACUUCAUCUUCUCCCUGAGCGAGAUCCAGAACGGCUCGGAUGUCUAUGAUUGCUGGGGACACUUCAUCGAGCCGUGGGGCAUACGCGCCUACAUCACCUGGAUCACAGUGGGCAUCUUUCUCAUCCCGGUCAUUAUCCUUAUGAUCUGCUACGGGUUCAUAUGCCACAGUAUCUGGAAGAACGUCAAGUGCAAGACUAAGAGAGGCUCGCAGCACAACACUAAAAACGCGGUGAUCGGAAAGGCGUCUGUCAGUAGCGUCACCAUCAUAUCGAGAGCCAAACUGAGAACGGUGAAAAUGACGUUCGUGAUUGUUUUGGCCUAUAUUGUGUGUUGGGCGCCGUUCUUCAUCGUGCAAAUGUGGUCAGUCUGGGAUGAGAACUUCUCCUGGGACGAUUCUGAAAAUGCAGCUGUGACCCUCUCAGCCCUGCUGGCAAGUCUCAACAGCUGCUGUAACCCGUGGAUCUAUAUGCUCUUCAGUGGCCACCUCCUCUACGACUUCCUACGCUGUUUCCCUUGUUGCAACAAACCCAGAAACAUGUUCCGGAAAGAGGACUCAGACAGCAGCAUUAGAAGGAACACCCUUCUGACCAAGCUGGCCGCCGCCCGAAUGACCAAAGAUGGCUUUGACUCUUGGAAGGACCCGUGCAACUCCCGAAAGUCCAGUCAGUCUAUAGGACCAGACUAUUCCCGCAAAUCCAGUCAGUGUUUGCAACUUGACUACUCUUGCAAAUCCAGUCAGUGUAUUCCCCUUGACUGCUCCCGCAAAUCAAGUCAAUGCAUGCCUAUGGAGUCCUAGGAGCAAGGCAGGAUGGGAAUAAAUAAAGAGACAAUUAAAUAAACUGUAAGGCUAUACGUUGUAAUAUUAUUGUAUCAGAUUUAUUUACAACAGAGAUAAGUAUGGCUAUGUGUACAGCACAGCACAGAUUUCUGUUUGAGUCUGCCCAUUUUCUGCUUUAAUCUACACUUAAUACUAAAAAAUAUUGGACAUCCAUGGUCAGUGGAAGAGAGAAUAAUCUGAGAGCUGCAUAUGCAGGCUGCAUUACUGAUGUUUCUGUAUAGACCUUAAACAGAUGCCCUAUAAUUACCUAUGAACUAACAUUAUAACUAUAUAUAUAUACUGCAUAUAUACUGUAU